AUGUCUGCUCAAAAAUGUCCACCACUUAACGUUCUCGUAAACAUUGCCCAUGCACCUCAUUGUUUUUGAUGUAAUACACUUAAAUUAACUGACUUAUCUGUGGCUGAUAUUCAACUUUCACUUAAACCUCGCAAACCAGCAAAGUUUACACAAAAAUCAGUGUUAAAAUCAUCUUCAAUUUUAUCUUCCUUCGUAAAAAAAGAAUUAUCUUCAUUUUCUCCAAAUAAUUCACAUAAAGUUUCACAAUCUAUUCCAAUUAUGUCUGAAACUGAUGAUAUUUUAGAACCAGAAGAAAUUCAACGUUAA